AUGUCAGGGUGGAGCAAUGUCAGCGCCAAUGGAUCCUACACCAGCUUCCUCCUGGUGGGCUUCCCAGGGUUGCGGGAGUCUCGCAUCCUCCUGGUACUGCCCUUCCUCAGCCUCUACCUGGUGAUCCUCUCCGCCAAUGCUCUGGUCAUCUACACGGUGAUAGCCCAGCGUAGCCUGCACCAGCCCAUGUACCUGCUCGUUGCCCUGCUCUUGGCUGUCAACAUCUGUGCCAGCACCACCGUGGUGCCCGCCAUGCUCUUCAGCUUCUCCACACACUUCAACCGCAUCUCCCUGGCUCGCUGCCUGCUCCAGAUGUUCUGCAUCUACUUCCUCAUUGUCUUUGACUGCAACAUCCUCCUGGUCAUGGCCCUGGACCGUUAUGUUGCCAUCUGCUACCCUCUCCGCUACCCAGAGAUAGUGACAGGCCGGCUGCUGGUGGGGUUGCUGGGGGUGGCGGCAGCCAGGAGCACGUGCAUAGUUGCUCCAGUGGUGGGGCUGGCCUCUCGAGUCCGCUUCUGCCGCUCAGACGUGAUCCACCACUUUGCCUGUGAGCACAUGGCCCUCAUGAAGCUCUCCUGCGGGGACAUUUCACUGAACAAGACCGUGGGGCUCACUGUCCGCAUCUUCAAUAGGGUCCUGGAUAUGCUCCUUCUAGCAGCCUCCUACUCCCGCAUCAUCCACGCUGCCUUCAGGAUUUCGUCAGGUGGAGCCCGCUCCAAGGCCCUGAACACCUGUGGCUCCCACUUGCUGGUCAUCUUCACUGUCUACUCCUCCACCAUGUCCUCAUCCAUUGUCUACCGUGUGGCCCGCACUGCCUCCCAGGACGUGCACAACCUGCUCAGCGCCUUCUACCUGCUGCUCCCGUGUCUACUCAACCCCAUCAUCUAUGGCGCCAGAACCACGGAAAUCAGGCAGCACCUGGCAACUCUCUUCCAAAGGACACAGCAGCAGGUCCCCACUAAGAAGCCCCAGGUGCUGUCCUCACAUAAGGAGAUUCCUGGCUGA